CAGUUUUUCAAUCAAAACCUCAAGUUUUUCGGUUCGGUGACUUCGGUGUGGUUAUGUGCAACUCUUUUCGUAAAAAUUAAUUAUUUUCCACAAUCGAAAUGAGGCAUUUGUACAGAUCCUACCGUUCGUUUUGGGCUCAAAACCAAGUUCGAUUAUUAAAUGUACCGAAGAGAUUCGAUUCUACGGCAACAUCCAGUGAGAAAAUAGUGAUUCCAAAGCGGAUACAUCGCAGUCCUACUGAUAUUUUAUAUGCUCUGUCGGCUACCGUUGGUAACGAUCCAACCGCUGCACAUUAUAAAUACCAUGAUGAUCCGUUUCUGAUUCCACAAUCGAAUCAGGCAAAAAGGAGUUUCGCCUUGGCUCAAGAAGCUGGCAGAAACGCAGCUAGAUGGAUCAAACAGGAGCAUAGUAAAUUGUUUCAGCACAAACAUGCUGAUCCACCGAUUCCUGCGUACGUUCCAACAAUGGUUUACACAGAAGACAGUGAGGUGAAUGAAUCGUCGUUGGAACAGCUGAUUACAAAUUCUCAAGUGUCCGAUGCUAUUUUAGUGUACAACUUGAUGGUCAAGAGGAAUCUUAGCAUUUCCAGUGAAUUGCGGCAAAGUUUUCUUGAACUGAUUUGCUUUAACAAUCACGAGGAUUCCCUCUCUGAAGAUUUAUAUGAAGAACGUUGGUUCAGCCGCUCUUUUACAACUAAAGAACGACAACGAAAAACGUGGAAAGAUAACGACUUAGCAGAGUCCGUUUUCAAUGAAAUCGAACCAAAAAGCAGUCAAGCCUAUUGUGCGAUCAUUCGGGGUAUGUGCAAGUUCAUUCAGGUGGAGCGAGGCUAUGCUCUGUUUCAGGAUGCACUGCAACGUGAUUUACAAAUCGAUGUAGCUACGUUCAACUCAGUUAUAAACGUGAUCUCGUUCCUGAGGGAAGGCGGUCAUAACCGUUGGCAGUUAGUACUCGAGUUAUUGCAAACCAUGGUGUCACGAAAAGUGAAACCGAAUAUUGGAACAAUGAAUGCAGUUUUGUCAGUUAUUUCCACCGUCCACGGAACAGUAGCCAGAGAGUAUGCGCUGCAAACAUUAGCAGAGUUUAAAGAGCUUGGAAUCGCUCCGACAUUGGAAACAUGGUACUUCGUCUUAAGCAUUUUUUACCGUGAACGCAGUCCAAUUAGCCACGUUUUAUUUGACAUUAUGAAAGAAAUCGAGGGCAAGGAGUUUGAAAUUCAGGGAAUGAAGGACAUGUCUUUCUUUGUUGCUGCAAUGAACGUUUGCCAAAAUGAACUGAACGAUAAAGACUUGGCGAAGCGAGUUGACAACUUACUUCAUGUAGGCCAUAAUUACGACCUAAUUGGCGGUUCGCUUAGCGAAACAGUUUACUACCGCCAAUAUUUCACGGUCUUGUGCAACAAUGAGCCGCUGGACGUUUUCAUGGAAACGUACAAUGCAUUGGUGCCGAAUAUAUACAUACCUGAGCCGAUAAUUAUGACCAAAAUUCUAACGCAAGUUGACAUUAACGGUGCAUUGGAACUGAUCCCACGAUUAUGGUCAGACAUUGUUAUUUUCGAGCUAUUGAAUCAGGAGAAGAUUCUCGAUCUGGUGCUAAAGAUUAUGGUCGACAAUAAACCGAGUAAUGAUAUCCCGGCUCAAGCGAAUCUAAGCAGCAAUUUUGCGGACAUUGCAUGGCAAAUAUUUAACAGAAUUGAAGAACAGUCCGAAAGACAAAGAAAUCCUGUAACCUGGUCCGGUAAAAUGAUCAGUGACGUUUUGACGUUGGCAUGUCGCGCCGAAGACUCUGUGAAGGCUCAGAAAAUUUUCGACAAAAUCAAUAAAGAUCAAGACGUUAUUUCUGGCAUUGCCGAUCCAGCAGCGUUGGAAUUAUUUAUCAAAUUGAGUGUAUCAAAGAAACAACCCUCCAAAGCCAUUGCGGCUCUGCAGUAUUGUGUGGAGAAUAGCUUUUCCAAUAAUCAAGAACGAGGCCGCUACAUUGUGAAUGCAAUGACGCUGGACGGAAAUCAUAUCUCGAAAAUUACGAGUUUAGUUGGAACAGAAGUUCUUAAAGGCAACGAAUAGAUACAGUUCAUGUAUAGCUGUUGUAGAAUAAAUAAAUUAGCUUUACAAAU